AUGGUGCCCCACGGCUGCGGUGCGGCCCCUCUGCAGCGCUGUGUGUCACCGCCAUGCGCAGAGCAGUGCUGGGUCUCAGCCAACAGGACAAGCUUGGGCCGGCCCCAGCGCCAUGGCUGUCCUGGAGACAUCAGCUCGGGGGCUGCCACAGGGCCAGGCAGGCGUCGGGGGGCCAAGGGCUGCACACGGGGCCUGGAGAUGCCAUUGGAGCAGAGCACCGCUGCCACGAGAGGAGGAGGAAAACACCACCGCAAGGCCAGAAAGCAGAAGGCUGGCUCUGCUGCACGCCGUGAGGACCUCAGCCGUGGGAGGAACUCUGACUCAGCCCAAAGUAACGCCAAAGGGGCGCAGGUGGGCACGGAGGUCAGCACGGUUUCAUCAUCAGCUUCCACCGUUUCAGACUCGGGCCGAACAGAGCUCAGCCUUUCUGCUCAGUUUAAUGAAAGCCUGCGGUGGGAUGGGAUCCUGGAGGACCCCGCAGAGGAGGAGGAGAGGCUGCGAACCUACAGGCUGAACAGAAGGAAGCGGUACGGGCUGUACCUGCAGCAACAGCACCCCACUGCCGGGCAUCCCCCGUCACCGCGCUCCCAUCACACAGAGCGCUGCUGCAGCUCUUUGCCAAGGCAGCAAACGGCUCCUGAAUACUGAGCGAGCCCACGGGCUCCGAGCUGCAGCCAGAGCUGUCAGCACAGCCAGCUCUGCACCCAUCGCUCACCACUCUGCAACCGCACAAAGAAUGAGAUAUUUGCAGGGGGCGGAGGGGGGGGUGGGGGGCAGACGAUGUAUUUAUUUCUAUGCAAACACCAGAAUAACCACAGAAAAGCUUUGAGUGAAAAAAAGGACUGAAAGACGACGAGGCCUCCCCGCGUUCUGCUUUUCAGGUAGUUUAUCAUCAGUGAAGUAAAAGACAACUGAAAAGGAGGGGGGGGGGGAACUCCAGGGCCGUCAGAGCGCUUGCACAGAGCUGACCAGAGCUUUGCAGACGUUGGAGCAUAAAUAACGUGAAAAGUAUCCCUGCUAAUUAAAAGACGUUAAAAGGCA